AUGCUGUUCCGGCAUAUCUUCAACUCAUCCUUUGCUUGGGCGUUCGGUAAGAUUGGAUACGGGUGCUAUCACAAUAUCGAUGCUCCUAGACUGAGCAGAGGUUCGGAGUUCAUCGAGUGUGCGGAAUGCUCCGGUCUUAGCGGUGUUGGUUUCGAGACCGAGUUGAGAAGUGUUCCGCAAUCCAAGUUGGUUACAGUACAACCUACCCCAGCUAUCACCACCAUACCAGACCAGGUCAGAUAUGCGGCUUUCCGCCGUAAUAUAUGCGCCCGUGUUUCCUAUAAACUUCAAUUAUCAUACGACAAACGACAAAGGAACAAGGACUAG